AAAUGUCCAUCAGUUUGAUCUGGAUCUACCAACAGUAGCAGUUCAUUUUCAUCAAUCCACACAAUGAAGGCUUUUGUUGCUGCUCUUUCUUCUUUGGCUGUGGCCUCAGCUGGUAUUAUUACCGCCCCUGGAACCUACUUGAAUGGUUUGGGAUACAAUGGUCUUUACAUUGCUGCCACUCCUUAUGCAGUUGCUGCCGCCCCCUACGGUGUUGUUGCAGCUCCCUACUACAACCCCUAUGCUUAUGCCAUUGCCUACCCCUUGGCUGAGCCUUAUAUCCACGAGGAGGUUGACGCAGAGCCUUACGUCCAUGAGGAUAUUGAAGCCGAGCCCUAUGUGCACGAAGAUAUUGAGGCCGAGCCCUAUGUGCACGAAGAUAUUGAGGCCGAACCCUAUGUCCAUGAGGAUAUUGAAGCCGAGCCCUACAUCCACCAAGAGCCCAUUUCUGCUCCCAUUGCUGCUCCUGUCGUGAUCUCCACCUACAACACCGCUCCCAUUGCUUACAACGGAGCUUAUGCCGCUGCUUAUCCCACCGCUUAUGCUGGUUACAACGGACUUUAUGCCGGUGCAUAUCCCACCGCCUUCGCUGUCCCCGCUUAAAAACCUACUAAACAAUGCCUACACCCCAUUGUCAGCAUUCUAGUGAAAAUGUUCUCAGCAUCUUCAAAACAAGGAUGUGGGCUUUCAGUUCGAUAAAAGACUAUAAAUGAAAAGAAAAUGAUAUAGCCAGUGACCGCCCAAAACUUUGAGCCAUUCACGGAUGUCUAAUGUUUUUGAUAAAAUUUGAACGUGAGUUCUGUUGGUAGAAAUCAAAGUUUUUCCUUUCACAGCGACCCAAUAAAGAGUUUCCAAACUGUU